AUGGUCAGAGACACUCUGGCAGGAACCACAGUGGAACCAUCACAGAACCACACGGCACUCUCACAGAACCAGGAGGGAACCCAGCAGCUUCCGGGGGAAACCCUAGAAAACCUAGAACAACAGAACCGAGUUCUAGAGCAACAGAACCAACUGCUAAAACUCGAGAACCUAGACCUCCUGGGUCAACAGAAUGAACUCUUAGAACAAGAGACUCCGGUCCAGACCAGCACAGACAACCAGACCAGACCUCCAGACCAGACCAGUUGUGGCGGUCCUCUCCAUCCCUGGUGGCCUCAACAGAGCAGCUUUAGAGCGGCUAUACCUCUCCCCUGGCCAAGCCCCGGAUCCUGCCUUCUCCCCAUCCCUCUCCCCUGCCUCAGACCCGACCCCAUCCCAGACCCCUGGGCCACACACCUCCGGACCUUCUCCAGCCAGCAGGAGUAUGUUCUAGUCCUACGCACACAUCGUCAGCUGCUUCACAGUGGCUACUACUGGGGCCCUAUGGGGAUGGAAGAGGCCCACAACACGCUGCUACUCACACCGCCUGGGAGCUUCCUCAUCAGGUAUACACCACACGCUGCUACUCACACCGCCUGGGAGCUUCCUCAUCAGGUAUACACCACACGCUGCUACUCACACCGCCUGGGAGCUUCCUCAUCAGGUAUACACCAUACACUGCUACUCACACCGCCUGGGAGCUUCCUCAUCAGGUAUACACCACACGCUGCUACUCACACCGCCUGGGAGCUUCCUCAUCAGGUAUUCACCACACGCUGCUACUCACACCGCCUGGGAGCUUCCUCAUCAAGGUAUACACCCACACGCUGCUACUCACACCGGCCUGGGAGCUUCCUCAUCAGGUAUACACCACACGCUGCUACUCACACCGCCUGGGAGCUUCCUCAUCAGGUAUACACCACACGCUGCUACUCACACCGCCUGGGAGCUUCCUCAUCAGGUAUACACCACACGCUGCUAUUCACACCGCUGGGAGCUUCCUCAUCAGGUAUCACCCACACGCUGCUACUCACACGCCUGGGAGCUUCCUCAUCAGGUAUCACCAAAACACGUUUACUCACACCGCCUGGGAGCUUCCUAUCAGGUAUACACCACACCUGCUACUCACACGCCGGGGGAGCUUCCUCAUGGGGUAUACACCACACGCUGCUACUCACACCGCCUGGGAGCUUCCUCAUCAGGUAUCACCACACCUGUACUCACACCGCCUGGGAGCUUCCUAAUCAGGUAUACACCACACGCGCUACUCACCCGCCUGGGAGCUCCUCAUCAGGUAUACACCAACGCUGCUACUCACACCGCCUGGGAGUUCCUCAUCAGGUAUACACCACGCCGCUCUAUCACACCGCCUGGGAGCUUCCUCAUCGGGUAACCCCCACAGCCUGCUACUCCACCGCCUGGGAGCUUCCUCAUCAGGUAUACACCACACGCUGCUACUCAAAACCCCGGGAGUUCCUAAACAGGUUUUACACCACACCUGCUACUCACACCGCCCUGGGAGCUUCCUCAUCAGGUAUACACCACACGCUGCUACUCACACCCCCCUGGGAGCUUCCUAAAUCAGGAUACCCACACACUGCCUACUCACACCGCCUGGGAGCUUCCCAUCAGGUAUACACCACACCUGUACUCACACCCCCUGGGAGCUUCCUCAUCAGGUAUACCCACACCUGCUACUCACACCGCCGGGAGCUUCCUCAUCAGGUAUACCCCCACACGCUGCUAUCACACCCCCUGGAGCUUCCCAUCAGGUAUAACACCACACGUCUACUCACACCGCCUGGGGAGCUUCCUCAUCAAGUAUAACCAAAACGCUGCUACUCACACCGCCUGGGAGCUUCCUCAUCAGGUAUUCACCACACGCUGCUACUCACACCGCCUGGGAGCUUCCUCAUCAGGUAUACACCACACGCUGCUACUCACACCGCCUGGGAGCUUCCUCAUCAGGUAUACACCACACCGCUGCUACUUAACACCGCCUGGGAGCUUCCCUCAUCAGGUAUACACCACACGCCGUACUCACACCCGCUGGUAGCUUCCUCAUCAGGGAUUACACCACACGCUGCUACUCACACCGCCUGGGAGCUUCCUCAUCAAGUAUACACCACACGCUGCUACUCACACCGCCUGGGAGCUUCCUCAUCAGGUAUUCACCACACGCUGCUACUCACACCGCCUGGGAGCUUCCUCAUCAGGUAUACACCACACGCUGCUACUCCACCACCGCCUGGGAGGUUACUCAUCAGGUAUACACCACACGCUGCUAAUCACACCGCCUGGAGCUUCCCUCAGCGGUAUACACCCCACACGCUGCUACCACACACCGCCUGGGAGCUUCCUCAUCAGGUAUUCACCACACGCUGCUACUCACACCGCCUGGGAACUUCCUCAUCAGGUACACACACACACACACACACACACACACACACUGCUCCUCAUCAGGAAACAAACAAACACACACCCCCUCCCUGUCGUGCCGUCCUGUGUAACGUUGUGUUGCCAUGUGGUUGUGUGGUUGUCAGGGACAGUCGUCAGCUGGACGUCUUCUUCACCCUCAGUUACCACGGCGACCAGGGGCCCACCAGCGUCCGCGUCCUCCUAACCAAUCAGAGUUUCCGCCUCAACGGCAGUAUCAAGGCCUUUGAUUCGCUGUUUGCCUUGCUGCGGUCCUACAUGGAGUCAUCCCAUAGGCGGCUGCGGAGGGCGUGGCGUAGGGAGCGACCAAUGACCUUACAGCAGCUGUGUAGGGGGCGAGUCAUUGAGAUGUACGGAGCGGGGGGGAUAGAUUCACUACCUGGGAUUAACCAGGUGGUCGCACAGUAUCUACGGGACUAUCCUUAUACUAUAUAG